UGCAACCCCGUAGAAAGAGCGAACCGCACGAUUAAAACAAUGAUCUCCCAAUACGUGGGAGAGGAUCAUAGGAACUGGGAUGAAAAUUUAAGUCAAAUAAAAUUUGCCUUCAACACAGCGCAAAACGAAGGCACAGGCUAUACACCGGCAUUCCUGAAUAACGGAAGAGAGCUCGCAGGACCUUGCGAAUUAGAACGCAAACAAAGUCCCGGCACAACAUCAACAAAUAUUCACGAGCAAUUGAAGGACGCAUACGAAUUAGUGAAAAUUCAUAUGGCACGGGCGUUCCAAAAACAAGAAAAAGCCUAUAAUUUGAGGCGAAGGGCCUGGAAACCGCAUAUCGGUGAUAUCGUAUGGAAACGGGCGCAUACAUUAUCCAGUAAAGAGAAAGCCAUCAACGCAAAACUAGCACCAAAAUACAUCGGACCGCUCACAGUAAAAAGAAUUAUCUCACCGGUAAUCGUGGAUCUAAUCGACGAGAACAAAAAAUGGUACAAACACAUACAUAUACAUGACCUCAAACCGAACAAUAGCGAGUAGACAGCGAACAAAAUUAAUUCCCCCCAACCAGACAAUCAAAAGAUCAAAGUAGGGAAUUAGAAGAUUAAAAGAGCAAGCCAGGGGUAGUCAGGACACACUACAACGAGAGCCAGCAAGUCAGCAGCACCGGG